UGCAUAAGGUUGAAACGACUGGAGCUAAUUGCUAGCCCAUGUAGCGUUACAAGGAAUGGGUUAGGUACGAUCGGUACGAUGUGUGUUUAAGUGGAUUGGUCCACAUGUAAUAGUUUGUUGUAACGAAGUUUGGGAGCAUAAGUUUGAUUGAGACAGUUAAGUCGUUUUGGGCGUUAAGAAACAAGUGUUUUACCAUUGAGAAGGAACAUGGAAAGUAAACCAACAAGGAAUGUGUCGUGCUCAAACUGCUCACAAAUAUUUUCAAUCAGAGAUCCACUACAUCCUCGUGGUUUGCGUUGCCCUCUUAUUCUGCAUUGUGGGCAUUCAGUAUGUGAAAACUGCAUACGCUCAUCUCUUCGUAACUCAGAUCAAGUAGUAUGUGGAAUUUGUAAACACACAUCCACUACAGGAUACCAACACGUUGAUGUAAGGUCGGACUUCCCCUUAAACAUAUAUCUUCUGGGUGUAUUUGCUGCUCGACACUGGGGCCAAGAACCAGAAGAUUCUAAAGUUACAUUUGUUCCUUCAGGUGCUACCUCAUCUACCCACAAAGCUUCAACAUCAAAGACAGUGCAGCAAAAUCACAAAAGAGACAAAUGUGUGGAAUGUUCGGAACCAACUGCAGAAUGGAAGUGUCAUCAGUGUGAGGUUCUAUACUGUGACCAUUGUUUCACAAUGGUUCAUAAAACUGCUAAGGCAUUGUCGAAACACCAGAAAUCUUCAUUAGAUGAAGCAUGUGAGCAGCAUACAUUUGAGCAACCAGUUUGUGAGGAUCAUCCAUUACAAAAAAUAGAAUUUUUCUGCAAAGAUUGCAAUGAAUUUGUAUGCUCGCACUGUGUCAUCUGUCUUCACCAGGGACAUGGAGUGAUCACAAAGAAGCAGAAGAAUGAGGCAGGUGUGGCAGAACUUGAUGAUGCAAUGGAAAAGGCCACCGAAGUGAUGAAGAGAUUACUGCGUACACAGAAGAAAGUGGGAGAACUGAUGAUGGUGCCCACAACAGGGAAAAAACUGACACCAUUGGAACAAGAGGUGACACGACACUUUGUGUACCUUCAUGGUGCACUGCAGCUGUUGGAACAGAAUCUGAUGGAAAAAUUGAGAUGUGCAAAGACUGAAAACAAACAUAACUUGGAUUUGGUAGUGAAUGAACUAGACUCAAAUACUAAAUAUGUACGUCAGUUACUUCAAGAAGCAGUCUCAGCCAAAGAUCCAGCCAACAUAAGUAAAGUGGACCUGUCCUCAAUUACGGACAAACUACGGGCAGUAGAGCAUCUUCCCAUUCAUCUUCUGACCAGUGAUGGAAACAAUGCUGAUACGUUAAUCCGAUUUGUUGUGGAUGAAUCUUUCCUGACCCAGAUAAAUAACCAUUGCCAGUUGGAUAUACAUUCUGCCAGUUCAUACUCCCUUGUUAAAACUGAGGACCUGCCACCAGAUUAUGUUAUAGAGCUAAUUGAUGAAGACACUGAAAGUGAUACAUUGAUGUUGAUGAGUUCCCUCACAUCUUCGAUGUCUUCCAUAAGUGAGACCACAUCGCAGGACGUAGAACAGGCUGAUCCACACCGAAAUGACCGUUCCACAAACAGUACUUCUAGUAAAAAUGCAAAAUUUUCAACGAAUGCUGUCAAAGGUAGCUCAGACAUUGUGACAGUAUGCCACAUUUGUGAUCCAUCAAACUUUUAUGUUCAGCGUGUAGCAGACCGCUUGACUGUUGAGAGUCUCUGUUUACAACUCAGCAAACAUGUGCAUGCCAGCAAACCACCACAAUCAGUUCUUAAGGAUGGUAUUUAUAUGGUGCAGUAUGAGAAAGAUAGGAAGUGGUAUCGAACACGUGUUCGUAGUAUACUGCCGUCAUCAUCUGAAAAUACGGAAGAAACAUCGGUGGAUAUUCUAUACAUUGACUAUGGGAACACUGAAAUUAUUCCAAGCACAAGGCUUCGCUGCAUUCCACCAGCAUAUGCGCAUACUCCAGCUAUGACACGACAUUGUUCACUGUUUGGAUUGGUUCCAUGUAAUGGUAAAUGGUCCCAGGAGGCGGUUGUAAUGUUUGCAACGAUGGUCAAUGAGCAUCGUGUGAGAAUGGUUAUAAUGGAGCACAGUGCUGACACAUACCAGGUAGAUCUGUGUCAGCUUCCUGGAAAUGCCGAGAAUAGUGACGUUCCUGUAUCUGUUCGAGAUGCCCUUGUUUUCCUAGAGUUUGCUUGCUUUGUAGCUCAAACAGAACGAAAGGUUACUUUACCCCAGAGAACUGUGAAAUACUUCGAGGAGAAAGAUUUCAAAAAGGGAGAUGCUGUGGAUGUUGUUAUGAGCCAUGUUGUUUCACCUCAUAGUUUCUACGUACAAAGGCUAGGAGAGCAUGCUCGCUACCUGACUUCUGUGAUGAAGGAUAUGAAUACAGAAUAUACAAAAUCUGCAAACAUAGGACUUAUCUAUACUCCGCAAGUUGGAAUGCCAUGUGCUGCACAAUAUACUGUAGAUAAGAAAUGGUACAGAGCGAAGAUAAUAGCACUUCCAGGUAAAAGGAUGGUAGAAGUGUUCUAUGUAGACUAUGGCAAUCAGGAAUUGGUGGCUUGGAAUCAGAUUCGUAGACUACAGCCAAGAUUCCUGCGUAUACCUGCACAGGCUGUUCAUUGUUCCAUGAGUGACAUUAUACCAAGUGAGCAGCAUUGGACACCUGCUGUAAAGGAGUACCUGAUGAAGGUGACAGCCAAGAAGAUACUUUGCCUUUAUGUAGAUGUGGUGCAGAAACAUCAGCUGAAAGUAACAUUGUAUGAGUCACAAGCCAAUGUUGAUGUGUGCAUCAAUGCUUUGGUUGUUAGAGAAGGUUAUGGUACCAGUGUAGGAGUUAGCUCUAGUUUUGUGGAGUAUCAUAAACUAGAUGGUGUGCCACUUCAACCACCGUCUGAUGCAAAACAUACAAAGCCCAGAUUCACCAGAAGAAAACCAGUUGCAAAUGUGAGGACACAAUGUUUAAGUAAUGCUAGAGAUGUGACUGUCUCUAAGCAGGGUAAAGUAGAUAAGCACAAGGCACCAGAGGACCCACUUCUUUUGGAAGUAAAGAUCCGCAAUUGCUUGUCACCCAGUUGCGUCUAUGUGUCACUUCUUGCUCGAGAAGAAAAGAUGAAUAAUUUAAUGCAUCAGCUUCAGGAAUAUUAUGCAACCGCCAGCUCUUACACAGAUAACUGGGAAGUGAACAGUAAGUGUUGUGUCUUCAGUGUAGAAUACAAGCAGUGGUACAGGGCCAUCAUUUUGGAGCUGAACCUACCUAACCAACAAGCUAGGGUCCUCUUGAAUGACGUUGCUAAAGAAGAAAUAGUUCCACUGUCAAACUUACAGCUUCUUGAUCCAAAAUUUUUGUCCCUUCAUGAUGGAGCGAUUAAAUGUCACUUAGCAGGAGUGCGAGCUGCAGGGGACAAAGCUGAAUGGCCGAGCAUGGCGUGUGAAUUUCUCAGUGAUAAAAUUGCUGAAUAUCCAUACAUAUUCAUCACAAAAAAGGGUGAAAUUGAAAAUUGGUCACUGCCUGUGGAGCUGUGGGUGAAAAAAGUGAAGCCAGGCGGACCCUUGGAACCAACUCAGGAAGAGUGGAUCAUGCUAAACAAGAAAUUAGUGGACCAAGGUCUUGCCAUACCUAUCAAAGGAGAAUCUGAGGUCCCGAGUAUUCCAUCAUUGCAAGUACUUAAAGAACUGGAUGAAAAACAUCUGGAAGCAAAUGAGAAUGGUGUUGCAUGCUGGUUGCCGUUGUCUGUCCAGACAGAUGAUGUUAUUAAGACUGAAAGUGGUGAAGUGGCUGCAGAUGUGAACCAUAGCGGUAGUGUUAAUGAUACUGAAGAUGAGGCUAUAGCAGAGCAGGAGGAAGAGUCUCAGUCUUUUGCGCGCACUGACUGGCUUCCUGCAGUACCAGUCAUUCAGAAUACAUUCUUAGCUACACCUUCAUAUGUAGAUGAUAACUGCUUUAUUUAUCUUCAUGAUACUGAGAGAAAUGGUGAAACUCUUAGAAUUAUUGGAAAUGCCCUCUGCACACGCUUCAAUAGCUCUCGACCUAAACCUCAUGAUCUUUAUUGGUUUGUUGGACAGUUGUGUAUUGCACAGUAUCAUGCAGAUAAAAAGUGGUAUCGUGGAAAAGUAGUUGGGGUGAACGAUGAUCGAACAGUUAAAGUUGCAUUUGUUGACUAUGGUAAUAUUGAAGACUGCAAAGCAUCAGAAAUGCGUAAGAACGUGUAUAUGGAUGAUAUCCCAAUUCAGUGUUACAAAUGCCAAUUAGAUGGAAUUAAACCAGCUUCAGAUGAUGGUAAAUGGCCCAUGUCAACAUUGGACUUCAUCCAUACAACCAUUGUAGAAAAACAGUGUGAAGUCACUGUGAAGGAAGAACCCAAAAUAGGCCAGCCUCUUAUGAUUUCUUUGCUUGGACCAGGUAAUAUAGAUCUUGCAGAACUUCUUGUUCGUAUGCAGUUUGCUAUAUAUGUCAGCACACCUGUAUUUGACAUGGCUUCAAACUCAGAAACUGGUGUGUCAGAUGAUGGGUCAAGUGUCAUCAUUGAAGGUGAGGAGGAUGCUGAAGUUAUUGCUGAAAAUGAGGAGACAGAAGUUACUGCUGAAGUUGAGGAAGAAACUGCUAACAGUGCUGAAGCUCAAGAAGAAGCCGAAGUUUCAAAUGAAGACCCUGACGAUAAGGAGGAUGGAAACCGUGAAAGGAAUGUUACUGAUAUGACAUCCCUGGAAGUAAUUGAACGUGUGGAGUGGAAUGCUCUAAUAGAAGAAGAACAGGAGCUUCAGAAGAUGGCUACAGGAAAUGUUCUACAUUAUACACAGUUGGAGUUACCAUACAAUGAUACUAUUGCUGUAGAGGUGACAGCUAUUUUGUCAGCUACUGAAGUUAUUAUACAUCCCUGCAAAGUGAAGGGAUCUAAGCUGUUUGGAAUGAAGGAGAAGUUUGAACGCUUGACAGAAGAUUUGCAGAAAGAGGCACAGUCGCAGCCAUUGAUCACGAAGCCCUAUAUAGGGCAACCAUGCUGUGCUCGCUAUACAGUAGAUGAUCAGUGGUACAGGGCUGCUGUUCUUUCUGUAGAGCCCAAAGAAGCUAAACAACUGAAAAUCCAGUACGUGGAUUAUGGGAACAUGGAAUGCCAAUCAACAGACAAGGUACACAUACUGAAGCCUGAGUGGACAAUUGUGCCAGUGCAGGGUAUUCAUUGUCGGAUGUGGCAUAUUCAGAGACCAAAUGACUGGGAUCCAAAAGUACUCUUCCCAAAGUUGGCAGAAUGUCUCUCUCAUCCACCACUAUUAGCCAAGAUAAAGGCUGAGGAGCCAUUGUUGCAAGUGGAGUUGUUCACAAGUGAUGGAUCCAGAUUAAUAUUACAGCCUCUAGUGGAUGCAGGACUGCUUAUAGUAGAGAAGGAAGAAUAGUCAAGUGUGAUACAGUUUAGUGCAUUAUUCCUUUUAUUACAGUAUACUUCUUAUGGUUGUACACAGUUAUACUGGAUAUUCCAUUUUUGUAUCGAAGCUGAAUCAUGAGAGUAACAUCUGCUUCCCUUUAUGUCAUUUAAACUCGCUGUUUCACUAAAACUGGUGUUAGAAGCAGUAUUAUAUAAUUAAUUCCUUCGGCUCAGUGGGCCAUGACAGAUAAGGGUCUAAUUUAGAAUACCAUAUGGAACAGCACUUAAUACUAUAGAUUUACAUUUGUCAGUUGUGGUUCCAUCCAGUUUCAUAUCAUCUUACACAAAAUUAUAUGAUUUCUGUUCUUGCUCUUAAGCUUCCAGCAUCUAUUUUCAAAUUAUU